CUGCCCUGGUGUCAUGGACAGAGCCCUUUCAGCAAACCUGUAUAUUGGACUCAUAGCCUUAAUGAUGUUGCACAGAGCAUUUAUUGUGCAAGGCCACAGCCUCUUGAGUCCAGGAAACCAUAUGCUUGGGCCACAGGAAGAAACAAAUGUUCAGAACAAGAUUCUUGCAUUGCUGUUGCAUAAAAGCCUGGAGCCACUACCAAUGGACAGAAAUGACGCUAUUGGUCUGGAGAUGGCCAGAAAAAUAACAGAACUCCAGGAGCUGGAGGCUUUGAAAAAGGACCUUGACCUGCAGAGGGAGCUUGCUUCAGACACAGUGAUGCCUCUUCCCAGCAAAAGAGGACUUAAGAAUCCAAGCAAGUAUCAAACCAUCUUCUCUGAGUGCAUUGAAGAAAAACAGUCUUGUGCCAUUAACACUGAUGAUGAUUCAUGA